AUUGUGGCCAGCUGAUGCUCCUCUCUGCUGUUGACACUCUAACCCCGCCCUCCCGGGGCGCACAGGGACAACGAACCAUACAGACGGGAGGAGGAGGAGGAGGAGAUCCUCAACUCUGGCUGAGGAGCCGGUGCUGCUCCCGGUGCGGUGCAGUCACACACAGCUGUCCACCGGACCGGUAUGCAUUACCCGCGGAGGAGGAAGUAAGCUGCAACGACCGAGAAAGAUGCAGGCGGAGGACAUGGAGGUACCUAUCAUUAAUAAUUUGAACAAAAACAGCGAGAGACAGAGGGCGACAGGGAAAUAUAUGUUCAAGGUUCAGCAGAAGGAGUCGGAGAGCUCCAUGGAGUCACCCAACCUUGAGUUUGAGUACGGAGACACAGACACACUGACUGCUGAGCUUUCAGAGCUCUACAGUUACACAGAGGAGCCGGAGUUUGCCCUGAACAGAGACUACUUUGAGGAGGACUUCAGGAGCCAUGCUCGAGGCAGGAGGUGGAUUGAGCUGACGCUGGAGGAGCAGAGGACAUAUGUGAUGAGGCUGCUGGAUGCGCUGGAGGUGACGGACAGAGACAAGAGGCUGAAGGUGGCCAGGGCCAUCCUCUACUUGGCUCAGGGAGUGUUUGAUGAGUGUGACACAGAAGUGGAUGUUCUGCACUGGUCCAGACACAAUGUCUUUCUGCUCUACGACAUGGGCAUUUUCACGGCGCUGCUGGAGCUGCUCAGCAUGGAGAUAGAUAACAACCAGGCAUGCAGCAGUGCAGUGAGGAAGCCUGCCAUCUCUCUUGCAGACAGCACAGAGCUCAGAGUGCUACUGAGCAUCAUGUACCUGUUGGUGGAGACCAUUAGAGUUCAAACGGAGGACGACCGACCUGAAUGGAGAGCAGCAAGAGAAGCCUUCAAGAAUGAGCUAGGUUCACCUCUGUACAACGGAGAGCCCUUUGCCCUGCUUCUGUUCACCAUGGUGACCAAAUUCUGCAGCAUGAAUGCCCCACACUUCCCCAUGAAGAAAGUACUCCUGCUGCUCUGGAAGACAAUACUUUUCACAUUGGGGGGUUUUGAGGAGCUCCAGGAGAUGAAGGUGCGGGGUCGGGAGCGUUUUAACCUGCCCCCGCUGCCGGAGGACAGCAUCAAGGUGGUCAGGGCCAUGAGAGCAGCUUCCCCCCCGGCCUCUGCCAUGGAGCUCAUUGAACAACAGCAGCAGCAGAAGAGAGGCCGCCGCAGCCGCAGGCCCCUGGUCAAGCAGGACAGCCUGGACACGUACAACGAGCGGGACCCCUUUAAGAACGACGACGCCCGUGAUGAGGAGGAGGACCCCGAGGACACAGACAGCGGCAUUGAGGGCGAGGUGGACCCCUUGGACCGUGAUGUCAUCAUCCAGCCCCCGCCUCCGCCGCCUCCCCUCAGACCACCUACAGAAAGGGUCAACUUCCCCAAGGGCCUUCCCUGGGCCCCUAAAGUCAGGGAGAAAGACAUCGAGCACUUUCUUGAGACCAGUAGAAACAAGUUCAUCGGUUUUACUCUGGGAAAUGACACAGAUACCCUGGUGGGCUUGCCCAGACCUAUCCAUGAGAGUGUCAAGACUCUUAAACAGCACAAAUAUGUUUCCAUCGCUGAAGUCCAGAUCAAAAAAGAGGACGAUCUGCAGCAGUGUCCGAUGACUCUGGGCGAGGAGGAGGUGGAGGAGACACCAACAGAGAUGCUCUACCUGGGCAUGCUUCCUAACCUCUCCCAGUACGUGAUUGCCCUCCUGAAGCUGCUGCUAGCUGCAGCUCCAACCUCCAAAGCUAAAACGGACUCCAUUAACAUCUUGGCUGAUGUUCUGCCUGAGGAGAUGCCGUGCCAGGAAGGGACGUUCCUUCAGACUCUUUUAAUGGCUAUUCUUUUGAGUUAUAGCUUAUUAUUUAGGCCAAAUGUAACCAUACAAAUACAGAAAAGUUACAUUUUUAGUUGUUGCUUCUUUCCAGAUUCUAACAAUUCCACACUGCCGCCUUUUCUCUGCCUGCAGUUUGAGAUUGUCUCCCAGCACCUGGUGUUUGCCAACUGUAUCCCACUCAUCCUCAAGUUCUUCAAUCAGAACAUCAUGUCUUAUAUCAGUGCCAAAAACAGUAUCUUUGUGCUGGACUUUCCUCACUGUGUGGUCCAUGAGAUGCCUGAGCUCACAGCUGACAGCCUGGAAGCAGGAGACAGCAACCAGUUUUGUUGGAGAAACCUGUUUUCUUGUAUUAAUCUGCUGAGAAUAUUAAACAAGUUGACCAAGUGGAAGCACUCCAGGACAAUGAUGCUGGUGGUGUUUAAGUCUGCCCCCAUCCUGAAGAGAGCUCUUAAGGUGAAGCAGGCCAUGAUGCAGCUCUACGUCCUCAAGCUGCUGAAGAUCCAGACCAAGUACCUGGGCCGCCAGUGGAGGAAGAGCAACAUGAAGACCAUGUCAGCAAUCUACCAGAAGGUCCGCCACAGGCUCAAUGACGACUGGGCCUACGGAAAUGAUAUCGACGCACGGCCCUGGGACUUCCAGGCGGAGGAGUGCGCCCUGCGGGAGAGCAUCGAGAAGUUCAACAGCCGCCGCUACGACAAGAACAAGAACGGAGACUUUGCGCCGGUGGACAACUGCCUGCAGAGCGUGCUGGGUCAGCGCGUGGAGCUGCCCGAGGACUUCCACUACAGCUACGAGAUGUGGCUGGAGAGAGAGGUCUUCUCUCAGCCCAUCCAGUGGGAGGGGCUGCUGCAGAAUCCAUGAUGGAGGGGAGGGAGAGGGUUGGAGAGAGUGGGGGGAGAAUGUGGUGGUGGUCAAAUACGAGCCUGGUGGAGUGGUUAUAUGGAGUCCGAGGACAGGAUGUGGAAGCAAUGGGGGUUAUAUUUCACAUCAGUGAUGGAGGGACGGGGGAGGGUGAGGAUCUAGUGCCGGGAGAAGAUGGAAGAUGAAGGGUAAAUGAAGCAAAUAUGACAAACGAAUGGAGCUUCUUGUUGUGAGCUUAUCACAAAUAGAUGUCACACACGCACACACACACACACACGCACACUUGGCGUUGACAUGUGCCUAUGACUACUGUGAACCCACAUGGACGUGACAUGCAAGAACGGAGGUAGCAGUUAAUGUGAAACCGCUGUAGCAUGAGACUAUUUCGGCCAGUUAUACUGCCCCCCUCCUCCCCGUCAAAAAAAAAAAAUCUUCACCACAUUGUCAAUUUAUAAGUCCCCUUUUUUAAAUGUUGGUGCUUUUUUGACUCCUUAGUAUUUUUUUCCUAUUUAUUUGUAUCAAUGUAUGUGGUUAAACAUUUUCUGAAAUGGUUUUUUUUUUUUUUCAAUUGAGAUGUAAAUGUACGUGAUUUCUAAUCAGUUCAUGCCUUCUUUUUUUUACACGAAGCCUACAGUAGUCAUGGGGUUGUAGUUUGUGGGUGAUAGAUUGAUGAAAGUUUUUCUUAUAGAUUUUCUAGGAAAAAAAGGCCUUUUGGAUGCAAACCGUCAUUUUGAUAGUCCAAAUGUCAAAGUCUGACCUAUUUCUACUAACGACAUAAUGAUCUAGGAUAAUAUCACCCAAAAAAAAGAAACAUACCAGCUGUAAGUGUACGGGUGUUUUUGUUUGUGAAAGUAAAAGGUAUGUGUGUGCAGAAAGGAAGAAAAAAAAACAGCACAUGAAAAUGGGCAGAUAUGUGGAGGAUGGUUUGGUGUAAGAAACAAAACGGAUCUUCUGGAAGAAACUUUCUAUUCCAGCUGGUUGAUUUAUGACACAGAGCCAAAUCUGUAAUUACCGAUGUCAUCCGGGUUUGUUCAUGUUCACAUAUCAAACCGAAAGCCUGUAAUGGCCCCAUAGAAAAGCUCAGGGAGGGGGCUGUGGGCAGCGCUUUAACAGAGGUGACCAAAACAAAUCUCAAAGUCUUCACAUGUGAAUAAUUUUCUCUUUUAAAAUCUGAUUAUAAAAACUUCCGAUAAAGCACGAAUCUCACCUAUAUAGUUUCCGAGUGUGGAAUGGGCUUAUUGUUGCCCCGUGUGGCCAUUGGGAGAAACAGCCACUUCCCAGAAGUUUUCUACGGAACCGUCCUGGGCUAAUGGAUCCUCAGCAGUGAUUAGAAUAUCUAACAAUUGUGUCUCCCCCUCUUACUGUCUGACCAACAGCACAAUGGAAACCACUGUCCUCCUCGGUGUUGGCCUUGGUGAGCACUUUGCCACCCUUGCUUAGAAGAACACAGCUGUCGCACAAUGGUGCUGUUUUUCUUAUUCGUCUUCACUGUACCUGAUCUGCUCCUCUACGUUACCAACUACCUAUGCGGGGCUCCAGAGCUGAGAGCUCUGGAUUGUUUCCUGGAAAUGAAGCACAAGAACAAGGACAGAGAACAAAAACAAAAAACUUUUCAUUCAUAUCAUUCUCAUUGGGGUUUUGUUAAUCUACAUGCCCUGAGGGGUCAAGCACAGUCUUGUAUUAUUUCUGUAUAGAACAAUAAUUUUGACACUGCGUCUUGUGCUUCUCUGUGGAAAUGUGCAUGUCCUCUGUUAUGUUUUGAAUACCUGUUCACAUUUAAAUAUGAUAUUUGGAAUGGCUUUUUUUUUUCACUUAUUUUCCGGCACAGUUAGAAGUGUGCUUGUCUCAGUGUUCUGCAUUACAGUGGAGUUUUUUUCUUCCCUAGGAAGGUGAAAUUUAUAAAAAUUAACAUUGUAAACUUUAUAAAUUCUCAGGUUUAUGGAGAUUAUAUAUUGCAAAAGUUUUAAAGCUUCCUUGCCAUCAUCUAGCUCACUACUUGUGGUGAUGAAUACACAUUUAUCAUCACGUUCAUAUAAGAAAAUAACACCUUGCAUUUAGCAUAGGCUGCACAUUUUCACCAAACACAAUAAUUUAUGGUGAGUUUGUAUUUAUGUCAGCAACAUUUCUAUUUCAGAUGUAUUUUUUGUAUUUUUGAGUAUAUCAAUUUGAGUGCCAUUAUUUCAUUGUUGUUGCCUUCAUGAUCAAAUGUAUGGUUUUUCAUUGAAAUCGCCACUCAAGGUUUGCAAUACAAAAAUGUUAUUUUCUACCUGAAAAAUGUACAAUCAACGAAGAUAGCUGUUUCAUGUAUCUGGUGCAGUAUUUUACCAGAAGUGGUUAGCAUUUUAUGGCUGUUCCCACGGUAUAAAUGUGUGUUUGGUACACACAUUCCAUAUCUGUAGAGUCUAGAUAAAUACUCAUUACUGAAUUUGUUCAGAGGUAUGUGCAAUUAAGGAUCCAUAAAGGCAUUAUUCAAUAGAAUGACAAAGUACAAUAUAAGAGUUGCUUAUUAAACAAUGUUGAACAGUU